UAUAAAAAUUUAUAAAUUUUCGUCUUAAAUAACCUUACAAAAUAGAAUACAUUACAAUUUAUUUUGUGAGCUGUCAAAAUAACGUAAAGGAAUACCAACAUAACGAUAAUAAAAAUCAUAGAGUUUCACAUCAGCGUUACCGUAGUAGUAGAAGCUUCAUAAGUUGAACCCGAAAUUGAACACGAAAAAUAGUCGGGCUGUGUGUGUACGUGACCCAAAUCCACUUAUGCGGCUUCUACGGUGUCUAGAGUUUUUGAUUGCAAGCGCAUCUCAUUCAUGUCGGCCAUUUUAAUGAUAAUGUUUUCAAUUAAUUAUUUGACUUUAUUCUCGUGUGUAUUUAUGUAAUAAUCAGAUCAAAACGUAAACGCGAUCAUAUUAUAAAUAUUCAAAGACAAUCUAACGUAAUGUUGUGAGAAAUAUUCGUGUUUCUCGCAUGAUGAAAUAUUGUUGACUUUAUGUGAGUUUGUUAUUAAAAACUACGAUGUCUGUGACCAGUGACGAUGUAUCGGGUGGGUCCGGUAGUGGGAUAUCUAUCCAAGUGUUUCGGCCCACGUGGGAUGAGUUUAAAGACUUUAAUAAAUACGUUCAGUACAUGGAAUCGAAGGGGGCACACAAGGCUGGUCUUGCUAAAGUAAUACCACCGCCGGAAUGGGUGCCGAGGAAAAAUGGAUACGAUUUAGACGAGCUCAACAUCACAAUACCGUCGCCUAUAUGUCAAGUGGUCACCGGAAAGCAAGGUUUGUUUCAACAAAUUAAUAUACAGAAGAAGUCAAUGACAGUGAAACAGUUUGCGGUUAUGGCCAACUCCGCGAAAUAUUGCACACCUCGGCACACGAAUUACGACGAUCUGGAGAGGAAAUACUGGAAGAAUGUUACCUAUGUGGCACCUAUAUAUGGCGCUGAUGUAAAUGGCAGUAUCACAGAUCCAGAGGUUAAAGAAUGGAAUAUAAAUCACCUAGGAACCAUCUUAGACUUCGUAAACUCCGAUUAUGGUAUAGAAAUAGAUGGUGUUAAUACUGCUUAUCUGUAUUUCGGAAUGUGGAAGACGACAUUUGCGUGGCACACUGAAGAUAUGGAUUUAUAUUCAAUUAACUACUUACACUUUGGAGAGCCUAAAACUUGGUAUGCUAUACCACCGGAACAUGGGAAACGGUUUGAAAGAAUAGCAUCCGGUUUCUUCCCGACGUCAGCUAAAACUUGCCAAGCAUUCCUACGUCACAAAAUGACAUUAAUAUCACCACAAAUCUUAAAGCAAUAUGCCGUUCCUGUUAAUAAAGUAACACAAAAAGCUGGUGAAAUCAUGAUAACAUUUCCAUAUGGCUACCAUGCUGGUUUCAACCAUGGAUUUAACUGUGCGGAAUCUACAAACUUUGCGGCUCCCCGUUGGGUUGAAUAUGGUAAAAGAGCACUGCAGUGUACUUGCAGUAAUGAUAUGGUAAAGAUUUCAAUGGAUACAUUUGUAAAACGUUUCCAACCUGACCGUUAUGAGUUAUGGCUGAAAGGAGAAGAUGUUGGUUGUCACCCGGAACAGCCAGAGAAGAUGGUGCCAGCCCCCCAUCCCUCGGGUCAAGAUAUUCUCUGCAAUAAAAACAAUACUGAACUUCCCGAAUCAUUCAUUGAAGCAGAGAUUGAGGGACUGAAGAAGAAAAAGAGACAUCCACUGCAUUUAAAAAGAGCUAUGGCAAGCAAGAGUAUUUCGGAAGGUGCCAUUGCUGUAUCCAUCCUGGGUCAUGAUGUUAUGGAUGAUGACGAGAUGACUAUGGCUGAGGGUGACCUUGACAUGAUGACUUCAAUGAAGAGACAAAUGAUGCCGCUGUCGCCAAAUGAUACUCAACUUGAUGCUCUUGAAGAUAUUUGGUUAAAAGGUGAUGAGAUGGAACCCUCAGAAGCUCAGCAACCUGAUGUUGGGUACAUGGACUCUGAUAAAGACUCUGAUUAUGAAGACCCAAGUGUAAAAAGGAUUACAAAACCUAGAAAAAAAAGAAAGGAAAGCAUAAAGAAGGAACCUAAAGAGAAAGUAAAAGAAGGGGAUGAAGAAACCAUCACUAAGUCCAAGAAAACACCACCAGUAAAUAGGACUCAAAAGAGAAAAAUUAAUACUAAAAAGCUAUCCGAAGAGCAACUGCAGGACAUGGCAGCUGUGAUUUCAAACUGGGAAUCACCACCACAUGAAGAUGAGUCUACUAAAACAACCAAAACAGAACCUGUUUCUAACCCAAUAUUGAAAAGUUUACUUAACAAAGACAGCUCAAGCCCAUCGAAAGAUAAGAAAGAACCCAAAAAACGAAAAUCAUCAUUAAAAGAUACAGAACAAGUGGAAAAACAGAAGCACGAAAAGGCAAAGAAAGAAAAGAAGAAAGAGGACAUUGUCAAGAAAGAGACUUCAACAGACAACAAGACCGAAAAGAAACCAAGAAAACCACGGACUCCGAAAAAGAAAGUUAUAGUUGAAUAUAACAAUGCUCCAGAAACAUUUAUACCAAGUCAGACAGCCACACGAGUUUUGGAUCUUGAUACAAAGGAAGCAAAAGAUACUAAAGAAACAAAAAAGACUGACAGAGAUUCCUCCAUGGCAUCUAGUUCAAAAAGCCCAGUCAUACCAAAGUCAUCCUUGCCUACAGAAAUUUACUCUGGUCUAUGCGUCAGUGCGAAACCGCGUCAAACAACAAUUUCACCUAUCAACAAGAAUCCAACCGCAUUCCAAGGAGAAUUUCAUAAAUUUAUGGUCACUGCAAAACUUAAACCGGAACCGUUACCCUUACCUACAAUGCGCAUACCUAAGAAAAAGCCACCGAAAACCAAAUACACAGAACCAACACGAACUGUUCCAACUCCAGUAUUAACAGAACCACCAAUCCCUAAAUGUCAAUACAAUGAUGACAUUUUUGUUAACAGACCAUUAGAUUUUAGAAUGAAUUCGAUCCCACCAGGACCUCAGAAUGUACCUACUCGUGCUGAACCAAUAGUUCAACCCCAGUUUAGAGAUGAAUAUUCCGCUCAGCACACACUCUUACAAAAUGUACAACCAAACUAUGGUGACAAUUCAAAUUAUUACAGGAGUCCGUACCAAACACCAUGGUUCGGUUAUGCUUGUCUGAACGUGCUGACGAAGCAGGAGGUUUCGCCAUGCGUGGAGAAGGAGGAGGUGAAAGUGGAGGUGGAAAGGUUUAUAGACCACGCCCGACAGAUGGAAGCGUUCUUUUUACAGAAGAGGUUCCUGCUGUCAGCGAUGAAGCCAGAACUCCUUGUGAAAGAAGACAACAACGAACUGAAAUGCGAGUUGCAGCGCAAGGAUGAGUUGUUACGUCGACACUAUGAUAAAGUUACGCAAUGGCACGGAUUGCUUGCUGAUUUACAGGGUCACACUGUGUACAACAAGUGUCAACAGCAGAGCGCACCGCCCGCGCUCCAACAAGCCGCCUCUCCCAUGCCGCAGCCAUGCGCCGUGCAACAAAGUGUUCAGGCGCAGCAGAUGGCGGCGGCGCAGCAAGCGGCGCUGCAACAGCAGGCUUUGCAACAGCAGCAGGUACCGCGUCCCCCGCACCCGCCCGCAUACCCCGCCGGGCCCCAGCGCCGGUAGCCCACCUCCCACACUAGAAUGUCUAUGCCUUCAUGCCUAACACUUAUGCAGACUUUAGUAUUUUUCAAAUAUCUUGUCAACUUAAAAAAAUCUCUGAGUUGCACAAUGCCCUCUCAUAGCAUCCUUGUCCACCACGCUACUAUAUUGUCUUCUGCUCAACGACUCGUACGAUGUUCAGAGCCGAUAAGAUAUUUGAAAAUAUCUAUACAUUCUAACGGUCAAAAUGUUUUAUGUCAAACUGAUUUUAAAUCAAUUUGUAAAGUAAUUAAAUUUCUGGACGUUCCUCAACAAUGGACUAUUGAUUUUGACUGUUAGCCGCUGCAUACGUAUUGGACUU